CUUUCUGUCAUCACUCUCCCGAUGUUCUAAGCUCUUCGCUCGAACAGUUUCCUCUCCUCCAAGCCGUAGACUGGGGCUGUUCGUCUCGGCGUCCCAUACUUAGGCUAAGUGGCGGGCAGGAUGCGUAUUAAGAAACCCCCUCUGGCUUUGAGUGGAAUUCAGAAGAAGGAAUUUAGAUGUUGUCUGUUUCUACUGACACACUGAGUCUGACGCGCUGCUUGAAGGACUACGCUUUUCUCCAGAUAACUUGUUGACCCUUCCGCACAAGAGACCGUCCAGGCUACUUGACCCAACGCCCGCGCGUAGACAAAGGGCAGAGGGAUUGUUCCGGCUUUACUGGACGGUUAUCGUUGCGGUUAUCAUGGGCUAGACACUCAACGGACUAUUCUAACAGAGGGGUAAAGAAACUUCGCAUUCCCAGACCCACAGCCGAUAAGAAGUUUUCUCAAUGCGUCUUCUUAACGACCAACCAAGAACAAUGAGUAGUGGUUCUAGCAACUUUCUGCUAGUUCCUAUACCGGAGUAUCCCGUUUUAGACUGCGUGCCAAAUAAAAACGUUAAAAUCGUUGUUCUAGGAGCCAGCAAUGUCGGGAAAACAGCUUUGAUAGUCAGAUUCCUCACCAAAAGGUUCAUCGGUGACUAUGAGGCAAACACUGGCGCUCUGUACUCCAGGAAGAUCAGUCUGGAUGGGGAGCAAGUGUCUCUCCAGGUUCAGGACACUCCCUGUGUCUCCCUGCAGGAUGAUCCUGAAGGACUUUAUUGUCAGGAGCAGAUCAACAGGUCUAUUUACUGGGCGGAUGGAUACGUGCUGGUGUUCUCCAUCACAGACCACAGCAGCUACCGCACCAUCCAGCCUCUUUACCAGCACGUCAGACGCAUCCAUCCUGCAGGGAACAUUCCCGUCAUUCUGGUGGGUAACAAGUCCGACCUCCUGCGCGCCCGCCAGGUGCCAGCCGAUGAGGGCGAGGCGCUGGCGUCCUCCCUGGGCGGAGCCUACUUCGAGGCGUCGGCGAGGGAGAACCACGACGGCGUGCACGCUGCCUUCCUGCACCUCUGCCAGGAAGUGAGCCGCGCGCUGGGCGGGGGGAACGGAGAGAAGAGGAAGGGGGGCUUACACCUGGCCCGCCCCAAGUCCCCCAACAUGCAGGAGCUGAAGAGGAGGUUCCGGCAGGUGCUCUCGUCCAAAGUGAAGUCGGCCACCGCGCUGUGAUGUUGCCGUCGAUGACGCAUGGUGGUGACGAUGCGACGGAAGGGGAGGGGGGGAGGAUGGAAAGGGCAGGUUCCGUUCACGGACGUGUUCCGGAACACGGCGUGUUCCAGGACUUGUGAUGUCAUGAGCUGGACCCGAAAACGGGCUGGUCCUGUGUUCCGUCUUCCGUGGAUACGUGUUCUGGAACACUGAGAUGACGAGAAGUUCUCGUCUCCCUGCUUCUGGAAGGAGCAGGCCAAGGACAUCGUUCAGGAAAGAGCAGCUCGUAUGGUGCUUGUGACGUCACUCUCCUGUUUUGGAAACGAGCCAGUGAUGGCUGGCAACGCAGAAUUAAAGGUCAUGCUCGGUCAUCAAGACAUUUUUGAUUGACAGGUCUGACCAACCAAUCGCAGGCUUCUCUAUAUCGCUUCCCGUGCUCAGCGACAGGGCUGAAUGACUCUCUCGACUCUUUACACGUUUCAAUUCCCAAACAAAACCCGUUCCUAGAUAAGAAAAAGGAUUGUAAUGAUGUCAUUGCAAAUGCAUCUACAGCUUCAAGCUGGUUUUUAAACUUCACCCAGCUCAACCCAGCUCUGCUUCCCUCGAGAAACCCCUUGACCGCAGAUCCUGGGUCAGAUUUCUGGGCCCAGACCCCCAGCCUUAACCACCAGGGAGGAAAUAGCUUGGCUGACCACAGAGCUGUGCAGGAGAGAAAACAUGCUCUCCGUUUUCCCAGUUAUUCAUCCAAGAUACUUCAACGUGAAGAUAUUGGCCGGGUUUCCCAGAUUCGUUAAGAAGCUCUUAGAGCUUCUUAACGAAUCAGCUUCUUAAUGAAUCUGGGAAACCCGGCCAUUGACAUUUAGAGGGAGGAAAAAGAAAAAGACACAUAUUCUUCCUUGCUUCCGCUCUCGCUAGGUUGCCUUCGCCCCGGGUUAAGACAGUGGAACGUCUUGGGGACAUGAACAACAAAACUCCAAUCUAAAUAUAUAUAACAUAUCCAAAAUCCCCCCCACCAAAAAAAAAAACACAUUUACAGUAGACGUUUUCAGAAUAACCAGCCUUAACCCUUGUGCUGCCUUGGGGUCACAUGACCCAAAGGCUCAUAACAAACCAUUGUUGUGUUUACCCAAUUUUACCAAAUACAAAAACAAAUAAAAAGAAUUUUCUUUUAACCUUCGCAAUGUGGGGGGUCUGAGACAGCCCGACUGUUAAAAGAAAAUGCUUCACUUUGUCUUUGUAUGCGGUAAAGUUGUCGCAAUACGACGGUGGGUCACAAUGACUGAUGGGUCAGAAUGACCCGAAGAUAACACACGGGUUAAUCUCUCAUUGGCAUCAAGAAAAAAUAAAGACAAAAUAUUGAUGACAUUUUAUUCAUUUAGCAGACAUUUUAAUCCAAAGCGACAUACAAAUAUUUCUUGUAAAAAGUGCAGCAGAAGAUAAUAGAAACAGGUUCAUAGUUCUGACAGUAGAUCUGUCUUCAGAGUGAAGGAACACGUCUGUAACCAGGGAGUCAGGUGGCUGAGCGGUUAGGGAAGCGGGCUAGUAAUCUGAAGGUUGCCAGUUCGAUUCCCGGCCGUUCAAAAUGACGUUGUGUCCUUGGGCAAGGCACUUCACCCUACUUGCCUCGGGGAGAAUGUCCCUGUACUUACUGUAAGUCGCUCUGGAUAAGAGCGUCUGCUAAAUGACUAAAUGUAAGUAAAAACCACAUCAUGACAAUUUGUUUGGCCACGCCCCCAGGAAGAACCCUCUGUUGGAAUAAUGAGUCUCAGUCCUAAACUGUGGUCUGAAUAUUGAGACCCAAAAAGCCCAAUUCAGUUGAGAAUUGCAACUCAGAAACUGACAUGUUUGUAGUUUUGUUGUUGUUGUUUUUUUUUGUAGGCUUAUUCUGUAUACGGAAAACCCUGCACUGUUGAAACUGAGGUUGUUCCAUUUUGCAAGUGUUUCAGUUUAAAAUGUUAUUUUACUUUCCAGAUCAGGAUGUUCCUAGAGCCUGUAUGAUUCAAGGCUGCUGUUUGUGGGGGUUUUUGUUUGUGCAUUUGUGCCUGUGAGUGUGUGUAUUAAAGUGUGUGUGUGUGAGAGUGAGUGUGUAUUAAGUGGGUAUGUGAGUGAGUGUGUGUGUGUAUUAGAGUGUGUAUUAGAGUGUGUGUUUUGAACUGGGAGUUCUCAUGACCCUUCACCUCCUUUUGGUGUGUCAGAGUUUUCAACACUCGAUUUUAGUCCCCGUUCUCUCAUACAAACCCGGAUGCACACAAACACACACACACACAAACACACACACACAAGGACGUCUGCAGCACAGCGACCUGAUAACGACACAUUCCUCUUCAUCUGGAAUUCCUCUCUCGUCGGAACCCCCUCUCCCAACAUCUCUUCUCAUCCCUCCCCCCCAUUCUGACCCUAACCCCUGACCCCUGACCCUUCACCCCCUCUCCCAACAUGCUCUCUUCCCUCCCCCAUACUGACCCCUGACCCUUCACCCCUGACCCAGAAAAGCUCUCACAAACUCUCUUUACAUUGGUGGAGGGUCGUCUCCCGGUUAGUGUGUGUUGAGUGUGUGUUGAGUGUGUGUUGAGUGUGUGUCGCUGUGCAGACAGUGGAGCUGUAUGCUUUAAUACAUUUCUAAAAAGGCAAUAAAAUGUAUAACAAC